AUGAUUCAGGGUGACAUGUUGAAGUGGAUGUAUGUGUUGAUCCCAGGCUUUGUGCUGGUGCUGGGUUCUGGAGAUACUUGUGAUGAUGAGGUGUAUAAAUGUCAAGCCUGGGCUGAGGGAGAUGUAUAUGUUGGGAUGCUCAGCUCCUGUUAUGCAAAAGUGGAGGAUCUGUAUUCACGUGAAAAGCCAGAGAAGUACAACUGCUCCGACUUUAACCUGGUAUCAUUCAUGAGGAUGCUUAGUGUCAUUCAUACCAUUGAAACCAUCAAUAACUCCAGCUUUCUUCCCGGGGUUCGGCUUGGCUACUACAUCUGUGAUACAUGCUCUCAUGCAGCGAAAGCCAUUCAGAGCACACAGCACAUGCUGUCUGUAAACAGCUCCCAGUCUGACCAGUGUGGGCUCAUAGACAAACCAAUGGUAAAGGUUAUUAUUGGAGCCCGGUACUCUGAGGUAUCUAUUAUCGUAGCUCGCUUUUUGGGUCUCUACAUGGUGCCACAGAUCAGUGCGAGUUCAUCUGCAGAAGCAUUGAGCAACAGACUGCGCUACCCCGCCUUCCUCCGCACCAUCCCCAGCGACAUCCACCAAACCAAAGCUCUGGCCAAACUCAUGUCACAUUUCAAAUGGGACUGGAUUGGCGUGGUUUAUGGAGACGAUGACUAUGGCAGAGAUGCCCUCCAAGGCUUCCUGAGUGAGGCGGAGAUAGAGAACAUUUGCACAGCCUUCGAAGAAACGUUACCUUACUACCUAGAUCAGAAGGACAUCAACGAUAUGAUCAAAAAAGUAGUAAACACCAUUAAGUCCUCUACAGCUGAAGUUGUGCUGCUGAUCUUGAGGGAAGAGCUGGUGCAUAUGCUCUUCACUGAGGUGAUUAAACAGAAUAUAUCACGCACCUGGAUAGGCAGCGAUGCCUGGUCGAUAGCACAAAAUCUCACACGAAUAAAGGACAUCAACAACAUAGGGAACAUACUGGGGUUUACUUUUAUUACCGGCCCCACUCCAGGCUUUAAAGAAUAUCUGCAAAAGCUCAGCAUCACUCCAGGUACUCGGAACAAGUUCAUAGAGGAGUAUCAGAAGAUGGGGAUAAACAAUGAUUAUUUAAUAAGCAUGAUGGAUAUCGGGCAGACAUAUGCUGAAAGGCUGGCAGUGCUUUCCAUCGCUCAUGCCCUGAAGAAGCUUUUAGACUGUAAUGACACUGUUUGUUCAGGAGAAAAAGAUUUUCCAUCAUGGAAGCUCCUCAAGGAACUAAAGCAUAUCAACUUUACUCUGGACAAUCAGAUGUUCCAUUUUAACACAUCUGGAAAUUUCGUCAACGGAUACCAUUUAAUUAAGUGGGUGCAGGACAUCCCCAGUAGACUGAGAUAUUUUGAUGUUGUUGGGGGGUAUGACCUGGAGCAAAAACAAGUUCAUAUUGAUAAAACCAUUGUGUGGUAUAAUUCCAACAAUACGAAACCAGUUUCUGUUUGUUCUGAAGUUUGUCCUCCUGGAACAGCGAAAAAACUCUCAAAAACCUCAUGUUGCUUUAACUGCACUGACUGUUUGGAGGGCACCUACUCUAACGGAACUAAUCUUCAAAACUGCCUUCCAUGCCCAAACGGUACCUGGUCACUAAAAGGACAGCAGCACUGUGAGCCGAAGAGGGAGGAAUACUGGAUGUGGACUGGACUGCAGGCAAUCAUCUUUUUGGUCUUUGCUGUCAUAGGAUUCGUUCUUUUGCUAAUUAACCUGGUUAUUUACUUGGUGUUUUGUGAGAGUCCUGUCAUCAAACAGGCUGGAGGCUACAUUUAUCUCCUUAUUAUGGUCGGGCUGGUUUUCAGCUAUUCUAGUGUCCUACUCUUCAUAGGCAAACCCAAUAAGGCAAUGUGUCAGGCUCGUCAUACUUUAUAUGGCUUAGGUUUCUCCCUCACUGUCUCGUGCAUCCUGGUAAAAGCCCUACGUACCUUUAUAGCAUUUCUUCCAAGAUACCGCCAACACAACGUCAAGAAGAUCUACAAGCCUCCUAUUAUUAUUACCCUCUGCACUUUUAUUCAAUUCCUAAUCUGCACCUUCUGGCUGAUCUAUGAUUCUCCAUCUGUGGACAUCAUACAAUCUAAAGAGAGCAUGAUAAUCACUUUUCAGUGCAAAGAAGGUUCCGGCAUAGGUUUUGCCAUUAUGCUUUCCUACGUCGCUCUGCUUUCACUCAUCUGCUUCAUAUUAGCUUUCAAAGGCCGGAAGGUUCCUCAGCGAUUUAAUGAAACUGGCCACAUAAUUUUGAGCAUGCUGAUAUACCUGUUCGUGUGGGUCUGCUUCACCCCCAUAUAUGCUGCGAAGAUCUUAGAGCGUUCCUCCAUCCAAGCCGCGGCUAUUUUGGUUUCAUCUUACGGCAUAGUCUUCUUCCACUUUGUCCCCAAGUGGUACAUGGCCCUCUGCAAAAAGAAGGAUGAGGUCUCCGUGGAUGCAUAUAUUGCUCACGCAUGCUCUAACAGACCAUCGAUAGACUCCAACCUUUCAAUCCUGACAGGGGUUGGAUCGGUAAGGUCGGAGACUAAACUUCAUGUUGUACUUUCACAGUCCAGCAUGGACUCGAACGAUACCGGGGUUGGCAGCACAAAAAGUGGUUUAGAUGAUGAGAAUUCCAAUGCCUACCAGUCUACCAUACGAAAAAGAUUUCACAGAAGAUCUAUUUAA